AUGAAACCUCAGUUCUCUUUUUCGCCCGGCGCUUUGGUUAUACUCCUCAGAAUGGCUACUUCGAUCGACGCUCAUACACCUGGAGAUAGAUGCUGUGACCUCUUGGGCCAGGCCGGCCUUAGCGAGCGACUCUUUACAAACUCUACCGAGAACUAUAUCAGCACGCAAGCAACAUACUGGUCCCUUGAUAAUGCCAACCGGGCUCCGAAAUGCAUCUUCGUGCCCCAGUCGGCUGAGGAGGUAGCCACGGCCGUCAAGGCCUUGACCGGCCCUGCAGUCGGCAGCAAUCACACCAAGAGGACUUGCAACAAGGGCUGCAAGUUUGCUGUGCGUGGUGCAGGGCACAUGGCCAACCCUGGAGCCAACAACAUCCACGGUGGCGUGACGAUUGACUUUAGUGCCAUGAACACCACCACCUACCAUGCCGACAGGUCCAUCGCAUCCAUCCAGCCCGGCACCCGCUGGGGCUCGGUCUACACGGAGCUUGCCAAGUACAGCGUCAUGGUGCUGGGCGGUCGCGCGUCCACGGUCGGCGUCUCCGGCUUGAUCCUGGGCGGCGGCAACUCGUUCUACUCGUCGCAGUACGGCUUUGCCUGCGACGGCGUGGCCAACUUCGAGGUGGUCCUGGCCGACGGCAGCAUCGUCGACGCCAACGCGUCCAACGAGCACGCGGACCUGUACCGCGCCCUCAAGGGCGGAUCCAACAACUUUGGCAUCGUGACGCGCUACGACCUCAAGACCUUUACGGCGCCGGCCACCCUCUGGGGCGGCACCAUCGGCUUCGCCGCCUCGGCCGGUGCGCGCAUCAUCUCGACGCUGCAAAAGUUCGUCUCGGUCCUCGGCACCGAGGGCCACAGGUCCGACUCGGCCAUCGUCUUCUGGACCUACACCCAGGGCUCCGGGCUGCCGGACCCCAUCGUCGUCAGCGCGCUGCACAACGUCGACGGCACGGUCGACGCCCCCGGCCUGGCCGAGUUCGUCAGCAUCCCGGGCAACGUCAGCUUCGCCAUGCGCACCGACCGCCUGGUCGGCUUCACCAACGAGCUCGAGGUGCCGCGCGGCAGCUACAACUCGUGGCGGACGCUGACCUUCAAGAACGACGGCGAGGUCAUGACGUACGCCGUCGACACGUACAACGCCAUGGUGAAGGCGUUCGAGGCCGAGGCGCCGACCCUCGGCUUCACGGCCCAGUGCAUGUUCCAGGGCCUGUCGGUGAACCAGUUCAAGCAGGCCGCCGUCAACGGCGGCAACUCCCUGGGCCUCGACGACCGCACCGAGAACCUCAUCAUGUUCCUCGGCAUGCUGGCCUACAAGGACCCGAGCCUCGAGCCGCUGGUCAACUCCAAGAUGACCGCCUGGGUCGACGACAUCCAGAAGUUCGCCGCCUCCAAGGGCGCCGACGACCACUACCUCUACCUGAACUAUGCAGACCUCACCCAGAACCCCUUCCGCGGCUACGGCGAGAAGAGCUUGGCCUUUUUGAAGGGGGUUGCCACCAAGUACGACCCGAAAGGAGUCUUCCAGAUCAAUGUUCCCGGUGGUUUCAAACUUUCAAAGGCUUGA